UGGAGAUACUAAACAAAAAUAUAAUAGAAUCGAAUCAACAUGACGGACAUAAAUGUGACAACAAACAGUCGUCGACUGGGCAACUGUGAGGUGUGUGCCACCACAGCCGCCCGCUACGCGUGCCCCAAAUGUGAGGUGAAAACGUGCUCAGUUGCCUGCGUCCAAAUACAUAAGCGAGAGCUGAACUGUGAUGGGCAGCGGGAUCGUACGAAAUUCAUGCCACUCAGCAAAAUGACCGAACGUGAUUUCAUGAGCGACUAUUGCUUUCUGGAGGAAUGUACCCGGUAUGCGGCGCAACGGAAACGGGAUUACUGCAAGCGCUAUACGCAUCAGCAGCGACAACUGUUGCCGUUGCACAGAUUGCGGUCGGCUGCCCUGCGACGCGGCACACGACUGCGACUGUUGCUGGCGAACUUCAGUCGACACAAGGAGAACACAACGUAUUUGAAUUGGAAAGAACAGCGCAUCCAUUGGCACAUCGAAUGGCUGUUUGUGGGACCAAUGAUGGAGCCUCUACGCUAUGUGGACACACGCUGCGAUGAGCAGCAAACGCUUGCCACACUCCUGCACAAGUAUCUGGACAAAGCUGGCGCGGAGCGAAAAGUGUUGCGGAAUCAUCAGAUCGCUGGCAUUGGUCAGCUCAGCCUGUGGUUGCGGGCGGAAGGUGUGCGUCGCAGUGGGACACGCUGUUACCCAUUGAUGGCACAUAAAACGUUAUGUGAUAAUCUCGCCGGCAAGACAAUUGUUGAGUAUCCCGCCAUUUAUGUAAGCUACGACCAAAGUCCGCCGGCGGGCUAUGACAUUGUUGACAGCGAUGAUGAAUUCGAUGCCAUCAGCAAUCAGCAGACGAAAUCAGACAACACCAGCCAGCAGCCAGCAGCAAAGAAAAGCAAAGCAGCACAGGUAACAAAGGAGGAGCUGCUGCCAGAAGCACACGAUGUUUACGAGCUGGCAGCCAGUUUCGGGGCCGAUGAUGAUCCAAACGGCACAGCUGAUAGCUCCUCGUCCAGCGAUGAUGACGGACGACAAUAGCUGAUCUCUUAAUACUAUAAUUAAGGUCAAAUUUUAAGCUUAAAGUUAAACAGUUAUAUUAUGUAUACCUAUUUUUUUGGUCUUAAGAAAGAUUUAUGAAUCCGCACUUACAAGUUGCAUUAGAAUUUAGACCAGAAAAUUAUAAAUCAUUUCCAAAAUGUUUUUAGAAUUUGUGCACCCUUGUGGCCUUGAAAAUUGUAAUUAAUAUUGCAAUUGGAUAAAAAACUGAAUUUGGGAACUAAAUGUUGACUGAAAUUUGUAUGUUUAUUUUCAACAUUUCGAUGGAAUCGUUAGUGAAGUAUUCGACCUGAUCGAUAAAUGUCAAUACCGUAAAUUUGAAUUGAAAAUAUCGAAUCUAUCGGAUGAAGGCAUUUUGUUCGAUUUUUCUAUAUAAUUUGAGAUCAAUUACUAUAAAAUAUAGGUAUAUACCAUAUCAACUCCUGUCGCCCCAUGUUUGGGCUACUUGCUCGCCCAAUGCCAGUGAAUUAUGAUGAUUUUAAGGAUGGCUGUUAAGCUCCAUCUCUUUUCCAGUUAAUUCUCUUUUUUCCACAGUAAAAACAUGUUGUUUGGCAAGUAUUUUUCAUAUCAUUGAUUUAUUGAAUUCGUUUUUAGGCUAAUUAAAUCAAAAUAAUUAUA